AUGCCCUCAUAUGCCAAGUUCCUAAAAGAAAUCUUAUCUAAUAAGAAGAAACUUGAGGACGAUGAGAGAGUGACACUUAAUGCAGAGUGUAGUGCUAUCAUUCAAAAUAACAUGCCACCUAAACUAAAAGAUCCUGAGUUAAGACCAACGAGAAUGUCUCUCCAACUAGCAGAUCGUUCUGUUAAGUAUCCCAUAGGAAUUCUAGAGAACAUUCCCGUCCAAGUCGGUCAAUUCUUUAUCCCUACUGAUUUCAUAAUAAUGGACAUCAAAGAAGAUUCUAACAUCCCAAUUAUCUUAGGAAGACCCUUCCUAGCAAUUGUUGGUGCCAUUAUAGAUGUGAAACGAGGAAAAAUGACUUUUGAAGUGGGAGAGGAGAAAAUUGAAUUCAUUUUAUCGCAAUUUCUAAAAGCAUCUGCCAUGGGCGACACGUGUUAA